GCGCCGCAGGCUUCCGUUUCCGGUGGCCAGAGGCGGGCGUUCGGCCUGUCUGCGCGAGCGGGGUGGGCUGCAGAUGGGGGUCGGGGAGCAGAGGACCCGUCGGUAGACUCUGGCGGGGGCGGGGGCGGGGGCGGGAGGAGCACAGCGACGCUCUCCUUGCUCGUGGCCGCGGCGGAGGUGAAGGGGGCAGAGUCACCUCAAGAGCUUGCAGCAACCGCUGCCUGAUGCCGCUGCACAAGUACCCGCCGCGGAUCUGGGACGCUCUGAAACUGAAGCAGGGCAUCUAUGCCCGCCUGCCUGCUCAUUAUCUCAAGUCACUGCAGGAUAACGCACAGCCCACCCCAGUUCACUGGAGACCCCAUGGGGGGAAAUAUAAAUUAAAUCCCAAAACAGGCCAACGACAACGCGUGCAGGAUGUUCCAGUCCCAGGCUACUACCCCCCAGAGUCUCAGCAAGGGCUCUGGGGAGGAGAAGGCUGGAUUUGCGGCUUUCGGUAUGCUGGCAAUGACAAACUCUCAAACAGACUGAAGAAGACUUGGAAGCCGCAGCUUUUUGAGCGAGAGUUGUAUAGUGAGAUCCUUGACAAGAAAUUGACCAUUACAGUAACCAUGAGAACCCUGGACCUGAUCGACGCAGCCUAUGGAUUGGAUUUCUACAUCCUCAAGACUCCAAAGGUUGAUCUGUGUUCCAAGCUAGGGAUGGAUUUGAAACGAACAAUGCUGCUACGGCUCACUCGGAGGGACCCUAACCUGCAUCCAAAUGAUCCAGCAAAGAGAGAGGCUAUUUAUAACAAGUAUCAGGAAUUUGUGAUCGCAGAAGAGGAGGCUGAGUGGGUUGGGCUGAGUUUGGAAGAAGCUGUAGAAAAGCAGCGACUUCUAGAGAAAAAGGACCCUACUCCUCUUUUUAAAGUAUACGUGGAAGAACUGGUCCAGCAGCUCACGGAGCAGUCACUUUCUGAAGCAGCAGAAGUGAAGAAAUCCUAGCUAGGAACAGAUUUCUGUCACAGCUUGGAGUGCGUGGCCUUCUAGGACUGUUGAUUUCAGUAGCCCUCCUUCUGCCUCCUGUGUCACUCAUGCGACAGAGAAAGGUGUGCUGUUGAAGAGUUUGAUCCAGAGUGAUCAUGGCUGCUAUUACUCUCUAGCAAUAGUGGCACAAAGUGAAGCCUGAAUUCAGAAAGAAAAUGGCCCGUUUUGGUCCGGGAAGGACUUGCCCCAUAGCUUCCUGUCAUGCGCCUGUUAUACUGACCAAAGUGACGCCAUCUGCCUCUGCAAAUAAUUCCAUUUGGGUCUUGAACUGGGAGCUGAUUCAGAUGCUUUGAACUGGAUUCCUGAUGUACAAUGAAAUGUACUUAUUCAGGGCAUCAAUAAAUACCUUUGCAUCUGAUAACCCUAAUGUUCACUGCCUUUAUUUGGUCUGGGUAGCACAGAAUGCAGGCUUUAGGGAUGAAGCAAUUUAGGAGUUAAGGUCGCUUGCCCCAGUUUAUAUAGAAGAGCAAACUAUUUAACAUCUGAGAUUCUGGGCUCCAAAAUAGUGACAAAUGCACAUAUAUGCCAGCAGGUGGAGCAGUGUUCUCAGCCUGGGUGGACUGUAUCUGUGUGUUACUGCUACACCAUAAUUCCAGUUGUGUUAGAGUUCAGUUUAAUAUGAGAUUUAAAUCUUUAUUUUGUAAAAAUCUAAUUGAAAUGGUUAAAACCGAACCCUAGAAUAAAGUGUUGGAGCUGGUUGAA